AUGGACCUAAAAAAACGGGUACUUCAACAUCUUCCUAAACUUUCCAGGUUUGAUCCAUUUCAAGUUUUUGAAGUUACCCACUAUCCAUGUGCUGUGCUCUAUAUCAAAGUUCUAAGUGGAUACAACAUUACAAAAGGAUGGGCAGGUGAUCUCAUGGACACACCAGAUCCAUAUGUUACCCUCUACAUCAAAACUGCACCCAACUGUUUACAGAAAACUUCCAUCAAAGACAAUGACAUCAACCCAGUAUGGAAUGAGACCUUUACCUUUUACAUUGAUCCCCGAGAACACAGCAAUAGACUUGAGAUAUCACUGAUGGAUUCUAAUUACUUAAUGGAUGAACCUCUGGGGUCCCAGGUCAUCGAUCUCAAAGAACUCCCAUAUCAGGGAAAAGAAAAAUACACACUCGAGUUUUUUGGGACAUCAGUAGUUGACUUUGAGCUAUGGGCAGACAUGAACUGUGAGCCGCAGUUAAGAUUCAGUCUGACACUGAGCGAAGAGGAAAGAGAAUUUGUGGAAAAAAGGAAGAUGAAGGUAUUUGAGGCGAUGAAGAAGUACCUUGGGAAGGAUGCACCAAUUUCCAUGCAAGAAGUACCAGUGAUUGGUGUGAUAGGGUCAGGGGGAGGAUUCCGUGCAAUGACUGCCUACAGUGGGGUGUUCAGUGCCCUUGUAGACACAAAUAUACUAGAAAUGGUCACAUAUGCUGGAGGAUUGUCAGGAUCAGCAUGGUACCUGUCCCAGCUGUACACUCAUCCUGAAUGGCCCAAGAGGUCACCACUGGACCUCCAGGAGGAACUGAAGAGCAAUAUUGACUCUAGCCCAUUCUAUCUACUAGGCCCUAACAGCAUGUAUUCCUAUGUUUCACGUAUCAUGGAGAAGAGGCGCCAGGGACAGCCGGUCAGUUUCACAGACUUUUUCGGGCAUCUUGUUGGGGAGACCCUUCUCAAAAACCGACAACAUACGAAACUGUCCGACCAGAAGGAAAAGAUCAGAAAUGCUGAUAUCCCCAUGCCCCUGUACACCUGUCUACAUGUCAAAAAGUCGGUUUCUGCCAUGGUCUUCCAUGAAUGGAUGGAAUUUACUCCCUUUGAAAUUGGAUUACCAAAGUAUGGGACAUUCAUGAAGUCAGAGCACUUUGGAAGUAAAUUCUUUAUGGGUCAGUUGGUGAAGCAAUACCCUGAACAACCUCUGCACUUCCUUCAAGGUGUGUGGGGAAGUGCCUUCUGCAUCCAAUUCAAACGCCUCCUUAAAGAUGAUAAACGUACAGAUGAGUGUCGCAUAAUUCAGGAAGAACGUGAAGAACUUGAAAGAGAACUUCUUCAGGAGCUUGACACACAAACAGAUGAAGAAAGUGAAUCAAGUGAAACAGAGGCAGAGGAAGAGGAAAGAAAACGCAAACAGAUACAACAGAAAGGUCGUCGUAAGAGUUCUGUAACCAGUGUAAACAGCAGGAGAGGGUCUACAGCAAGCAUAAAUAGCAUGAAAGAUACAGACAGUAACAAAGGCUUCAUCAGGAGUAUGUUUGGCAAGGUGUUAGAUAGCACUGGCAAUUACUUACUGGGUUCCAUUGAGGGACGAGCUGCCAAAGUACACAGCUUCAUGAGGGGACUGUCCUUGUACAAAGUCUAUCCCUUCUCUCCGUUCACUUCUAUCGAUGAGGGAGCAGAAGGUAUGGAUCAGUUUGAUGGUAUAUUUGAGAUGUACCCAACAAACAUGAAGAAGUUAUAUGUAGUGGAUGGUGGACUGACCUUCAACUCGCCCUUCCCCCUCCUGCUUCGUCCGCAGCGACAGGUCGACCUUCUUCUGUCCUUUGAUUUCAGUGCCCGGCAGAGUGACAGCACACCUCCCUUCAAGGAGAUCAAGCUUGCAGAGAAGUGGGCACGACUGAAUAAUGUGCCAUUUCCUGAAAUUGACCUGAAGAGGUUUGACCGCGAGGGAAUGAAAGAGUGUUAUGUGUUCCAGAACCAUAACGACCCACGCUGUCCCAUUGUUCUCCACUUUGUUUUGGCCAAUAUCACCUUCAGAGACGAGAAAAUGCCAGGUGUGCCUCGUACUACAGAGGAGGAAAAGAAAUUUGCCGACUUUGAGAUUUUUGACGAUCCUGAGAGACCAUAUUCAACAUUCAACUUCAAAUAUACUCAUCAAGCUUUUGAUCGUCUUACACAGCUGACAGAGUUCAAUACUCGACUACAUACAGACCUUAUCAUCGCAAAAAUUACAGAAUGUGUUAAAAAACAUCGGAACAAUGGUCCUGUUUCUAGGAGACCAAUCAAACUUAAAGACAUAAAAAAGCUCCGCCUCCAAAAAGUUGAAGAAGAAAGGUUAAAGGAAUUCGUGCAGUCGUUUGAUGAUGGUGAUGUACCAAUAGUGUGA